AUGUACUCUACACCUCCCAAACGAGCAGCCUCGGCAUCUCCAGGAGAUGGGAGACCGAACAAGCGGCACGCACCGUCCUCACCCGAGGAGGGAGAAGUAGACGACUCGCCACCGCCACCACGCCAGGCGACCCCGCCUCCAAAGGCCAAGGUGCCAUUUCCGUUCAAGCGCAAGGCACCUACUUGGCCAUCAUCCCAUUCGGACCUCGGACCGCCUGCGGGAGAAACAGCGAGAAAGGACGAGACCCUACUCGUGCAACAUCGAGCGAAACGGAAGCCGGUGCUGCGCUCGCGUGAAGAAGAAGCAGCAGACGAUUACAACGUCCUCACUAAGCUCGGUGAGGGGACGUUCGGUGAGGUACACAAGGCAAUGCACCGUGAAAAGGGUAACACUGUUGCACUCAAACGAAUUCUCAUGCACAACGAGAAGGAGGGCAUGCCCGUCACGGCGCUGCGCGAGAUCAAGAUCUUGAAGUCACUCCACCACCCGAACAUCAUCGACAUCGAGGAUAUGUUGUCGUUAAGAGAGCCUCUCUCAGUUUACAUGGUGUUCCCGUACAUGGAUCACGACCUCGCGGGUCUCCUCGAAAACGAGCAUCAAUUAUACAUGAAGCAGCUGAUCGAGGGUACAGAGUACAUGCACCGGAAUCACAUCCUCCAUCGGGACAUGAAGGCGGCAAACCUUCUCAUCUCGAACGAUGGCAGCCUCAAGAUCGCUGACUUUGGCCUAGCGCGCGCAUUCGACCCGCGGAUCACGCAGGAGCGCAAGUACACAAACUGCGUUGUGACGCGGUGGUACCGUCCGCCUGAGCUGCUGCUCGGUGCGCGCCAGUACGGCGGUGAGGUAGAUAUGUGGGGCAUCGGAUGUGUGUUGGCUGAAAUGUUCUGGCGGAGACCCAUUCUCCCUGGCGGGUCGGACAUCGACCAACUCGAGAAAAUUUGGCAGUUGUGCGGCACGCCUAACGAAACAACAUGGCCGGGAUGGGACCUGCUACCUGGCUGCGAGGGAGUCCGAACAUGGAACAAUUACAAUCGACGGCUUAGGCAUGUCUAUGAACAGAUCGGUCACGAGACGGUUGACUUGCUCGACAAGCUCCUGGCUUGCAACCCUAGAGAGCGUCUGACGGCAGAGCAAGCCCUCGAUCACGACUACUUCUGGACGGAUCCUUUACCUGCUGACCCGAAAAGUUUACCGAAGUACGAGGCCUCCCACGAGUUCGAUAAACGCGGGCGACGGGAAGGUGCAGGAGCGCCGCCCGCGGUCUCCUACUUCGUCGGCGGCCCCAAUCAAAGACCACUCCCGCCACCCAUGGCCCAAGGCCCGCCCCAGCCCAUGUACCGGCGUCCUCCUCCGCCCCGCGAACAGUUCCGCUUCGGACCAACCAACCACGGCCUCCCUCCUCCGACCAACCAUGCCGACUGCGCUUCCCCCAUAUCCCUUCGCCCUGGCCAGCCACCGCCAGGGAUGGGCCAGUGGCCGCCUAGCGGCCCGUCGUCUGGAAUGCCGCCGUACCCACCUCCAUCCAUGCCUCCCAGGCGCAUCCAUCCAAGUUCACUGCGGCACGAGUAUGGCGGGGGCGCUCAGCUGAACUACGGCUGA